AUGUCGAUGAAUUUGAGCAGAAAAGAAUUCGAAGAAUCAUGCAAUGAGUUCCUUACUUUUUGGAAUUCACCUCAAAAUCAAAAUGAUCAAUCAGAUUUCAACUCACAUCAUUUUCUCAAAGGUUGGAAACGUGAAACUCAUCCGAUGAAUGAUCGAUUUGGAUAUUUAGUUAGUGAAGCUUUAGAUAGAAUCUUGAAUAAGAAAUCAUUCUCUAGGAACCAAGACUACGAGUCUUCAAAUGAACAAAAUCAAGACGAAAUAUCAAGUUUAUCCUCUCAACUAAUAUCAGAAAGCUUUGAUGAAGAAUUACAAGAUAUAGAGAUCCCAGUGGAAUUAGAAGAUGAAAGUAUUCUAUCAACUUCAUCAGGACUCAAAACUACCGAUGAACCAAUGAUAAUCAAAUUUCAAACUUGGAUAGUUUACUCUGAAACUUAUAGAGUACCUCAUUUCUUAUUUAAUGCCUACAAGUCCGAUGGCACAUCAUUGACACUAGAAGAAUUAAUGCGAUCAAAUAUCUUCAAUCCUCAAACAUCUCACUUAUCUUUUGUCGAUGAUCAUCAUACGGAAGAAUUAUCGAAUCCCAACUUGGUUGAUCUCGAAUACCCUUUCAAUACUCUCGAAAGAUCCGCAAAACCUAAAGAUGAAGAUCAGAAUGUUAUCCUUCCAUUCAUGACUCAAGUUGAGCAUCCUUUUACUCAAAUACCUGUUUGGUCACUUCACCCUUGCAAUACUGCAGCGGUGUUGGAAGAAAUGCUUACUGGUUGUAUGGAUAAGUUGAAUUCGAGAGUCACUAUUGAGGCUUUCUUGACGUUAGUUAAUGGACUCAUCAACCUGAGGAGAUCUUCAAAUUGA